AUGACAUCUUCAUCAACUAAAAAGCAUUCACCUGCUUUAGUGUCUUCAUCACCCUCACUUGCAUCUUCAUCGCCUUCAUCUAAUAAUAACAAUAAUAACAAUAAUAAUAAUCAUAAUCAAAGAUCAAAAGAAAAGAAAGUUAUAGUUUCUACUACCACUACUAGUAGUAAUAAUGGAAAGAGUAAAAGUACUACUAAAAAAGAGUAUGAUAAUGAAUUGAUUCCUCCAAGUCCGUCAACCAACUAUUCUUCAUCUAGGUCACCAAGUCGAAGUCAGAGCAGAGGUCGUAGUAGCAGUAGAGAUAGAGGAGGACGUGGUGGUGGGAAAUAUACCAGCAACAAUGGUCGUAACAGAAGUUCGAGUAGAGAUAGUUCUCCGGUGGCGAGAUCACCGCCGCGGUCUCCAAGAUCAUCUCCGAGAACAACAACUCAACACACAAGAGGUCGAAGUCACUCUAUCUCUCCAAGUCGUUCACGUGACAAUAGUUUGAGUAGAUCCAGAAGUAGAAGUGGAUCCAGCAGUCGCAGACAAAAGACAACAACUGAUUCCAAGACCAAGAGAAAGACUGGAUCCAACAGCAGCAGUACUAGUGCCCGAUCAAAGUCGCCAUUGACUCCACGUGGAAGAAAGUCAAGUUCUCCAACAUCCUCAUCAUCCAAUGGUAGCAAAUCAUCAUCAUCAUCAUCAUCAUCAUCAAGUCAAAGAAAGGUCGAUCAAAGAAAGGAAUCAAGCAGAGAUAGAAGUAGAGAUAGAGGAGGAGACCGCGAAAGAUACCCUUCAUCUGCUACCACUACGACAACUACCACCACUCUUUCAAAGGACAGAAACAGAGACCGUGGUGGUGAAAGAGACCGUGGUGGCGAUCGAGAAAGAGCCAGAAGUAGAGAUAGAAGUAGAGAUAGAGGAGGUAACCGUGACCGUGACCGCAGUGAUAGAAGUAGAGAUAGAAGUAGAGAUAGAGGAGGAGGAAACCGUGACCGUGAUCGUGAUCGUGACCGUGACAGAAGUAGAGACCGCGGUGGUGAUAGAGACCGCAGUGAUAGAAGUAGAGAUAGAGGAGGAAACCGCGGAGACCGCGUAGACCGUGACAGAAACGCUAGAGAUGGAGACCGUGACAGAAACGCUAGAGAUAGAGAUCGCGACAGAAGUAGAGAUAGAGAUCAAAGAUCAUCGCGGUCUUCUGGUGAAAAGGAUGGCAGUCGGAGUAAAUCGGAUCGAUACUCCUUGUCAAGAAAGGAAUCUUCAACAACAGAAAAGAAAAGAUAUCUUUCUCCAAGUCCAAAUAGAAGUAUAAGUCCCCGUGGAAGAAGAUCAAGUAGAGGAAGAAGUAGAAGUAGAAGUAGUAGAAGUACAAGUAGAAGUCCAAGUUUGAAUAAUACACCUCAAAACAAAAAAAGAUCUAGAAGUACCGACGAAAAUGAUAUUUUACCAUCAAUAUCAUCAACCAACAACAAUAACAACUCAUCAUCAUCAUCAUCAUCAUUGAGACAUUUGGAUCAAAGUCCAAGUCCACCCAAAAAGAAGGUUUCUGGGUGGGACAAUACCCCAAUCUCUGAAUUAAAUAAUAAUAAUGUAUCUGUAAAUUCACCACAUUCAACAAUGACAAAUCAAAUGGAUUCUGAAAUGCAAUCAUCAAGUAUUCAAUUACAACAACAAAUGAUACAACAAAAAAUAAUUGAACUUCAACAACAAGUUGCUUUAAAGAAACAACAAAUCCAAAGCACUGGUGGUAGUGUACCUCCUACUCUUGCUCCACUUCCUCUUGCUCCUCAACAACAACAACAACAAGCACAACAAGAGAUUCAAUCGAGAAUCUAUAUUGGAAACAUUCAUUUCAAUUUGACAGAGGCUGAUAUUGUUGCAGCAUUUUCACCAUUUGGACCAAUCAAAUCAUUGUCACUCUCCAAAGACCCAGCAACAGGAAGAUCAAGAGGAUUUUGUUUCAUUGAAUACACCUAUCCCGAGGCAGCAAUUAAUGCAAUUCAAAAUAUGAACCAAAAGACAAUAUCUGGAAGACAAAUCAAGGUUCGUCAACCAUCUAUUCCAGUUAUUAAUCCUGCUGCUACAGGAGUAUCGGUUGGAAUGGGAGGAGGAGGAAUGUCCGAGAUACUACAACCAAACAUCAUUCCCUCAAAUACAUUUUUAUCAAGUACAUCAGUAGCUUCUUCUUUUUCUUCUCAAGCACUGUUGAACAAUACUCCUGUCAAAGAGCGAGAUAAUGAUAAUAGAGUUUAUGUUGGUAGUGUACCUUGGAAUGCAACAGAAGAUCAAAUUAAAACUAUAUUUAGUUCUAUUGGAAAUGUUGUUUCAUGUAGUUUAAAACCAAAUUUGGAAACUGGUAGACACAUGGGAUAUGGCUUCAUCGAUUAUGAUAAUCCUAAAUCGGCUGAAGAUGCUAUAUCAACUUUUAAUGGUUAUGAUAUUAACGGUAGACAAUUAAAAGUUAGAAAACCUGUUAGAAAUGCACCAAAAGUGAACAAUAAUGAUGGAAAUUUAUUGGAAGAUAAUAUAUCAUUAAAUAAUGAACAAAAGAUUUUAUUAACACAAAAACUAUUGGCAGCAUCUGAACCUGCUACCAAUAGAUGUAUGGUCAUGCGAAAUUUGGGAUCACCAGCUGAACUCGAUGAAUAUUUUGAAGAAGAGAUAAAGAAUGAAUGUUCUAGCUUUGGAGCCGUCGAAAAGGUGGUCAUCACCAACGAAGGUACCUCUGUCAAGGCAUACGUCCUCUUUAGAGAUGCCCCAUCUUGUGCAAUGUGUCUCAGUAAGCAAAAUGGAAGAUAUUUUAGUGGUUAUCUUGUAAAGGCUGAAUAUUAUAAUGUUAAUUUAUUCUUGAAUAAUGUUUUAAAAUAA